AAGAUCUAUUUAUUUAAAGAGAUUAAAAUUAAUGACUUUAUCACAGAGUAUAUAUUAGUAUUUUGGAAAAUCAUAAUUAUCACAUUGUUAUCUGUCAUAAUCAAAAUAUAAAUAAAGUUUUGUGAGAAAUGAAUUUUCAAACAAAACCAAUACUUACUCCCUUAAAAGUUCUUGUCAUAAACCCUUUAUCAGCAGCUGGGCAGUUGACUAUCAUGAAAAUAUUAUCUGGCAUGGUAUUUGGUAAAGACCAAUUGGUUGACAUGAUCCUUCUCGUUUACUCCAAUGAAAAACGGGCUGCUGAAGUUUUUACACUAGAACUUUUGGGGUGUGCUUUUCCCUGUUACAACAGUUUCAGCAUUUCGUCAGACAUACCAAGCGUUUCAGAUGCAGACGUCUUCUGUUUUAUAUCCAAUUUUUCUGAACUCACUAAGAUCGAUGUUGAAAAAAUUGGUUCAGAUGAUCAGCAGUUUGAUGCUUUGUAUCUGUUAAUUAAAGUUGCUAACAAUUUUUCUGGUCUCAUAUUCGAAGAAGUAAGUGAUGAUAUAAAAUUAACAUUGAAGAAAAAACCCAAUGUAAAUGAAAAAGAAGUUAGGAAGCCAAUAAUUAUGGCGGAUGGUUUAGCUGCAUUAGAUAUUGUGAUGUCAAUGUCCAAGAAUAUGUCUUCAGAUGUGUUAUUCUGUCCUACUGGUAUUCCAGAUGUCACAAAGUCAAUUUUAGCUGAAUACUUAAAGGUUGACUGUAAUGAAAUAAAUGAUGUACUUAUAUGGGCAGCUAAUGACGAAGUUCUUCACGUAGAAGUAGAAAAGCCAAUAAUUAUACAUGAUAAGAAUAAUAACACCGCAGAUUGUGCAUGGACUAUGAUAAGCGAAGAUUUGCUGCGGUCAAUUGACUAUGAUCAUACACAGUUUAAUUCUAGUUGGAUGAAAAAAGAGUUUAUUCAAAAGGUCGCAGCAGUUACAUCAAAGAAUCCAUAUGGGUGUAUCUAUAAGGCGUCUGUUUUUUGUAAUGCUCUAAAGUCUAUCUGGGAUUCUCGUAAAAGUGAAACUGGAAAGUUAACAUAUUGCAACUUAGGUGUUAUUAGUGAUGGUUCAUUAGGAACAUUCAGAGGUUAUCCUUAUGUAUUACCACUGGUUCUGUCUCGAGAUAAAUGGAGUGUUAAUAAGAAAUUUGAAGAGGAUGUACAUGUUCAAAAUGAGAUAAAAAGGAUUAAUAAAAUUGUAAAGAAGCAGCAUGAACUGUUACUACCUUAUUGUAAAAGGUUUUUGCAAGAAAAUGUGAUUAACCAGGCUUUUAUACCACCCUCUGAAAGCAAUUCCAAUUAUUCUGUCGGAAGCAGCAGCAAGUCAAGCGUCUAGUGGAGGAUACUAUCACUUUAAAUUGUGAUAUUAAAAAUGCACAAAUAUAAAAAUCGUUAAAUUCAAUGAUAUGUUCGUAAGAAUGUUUUUCAUAAUGGAAUUUGAUAAAUCUUGUUGGUAUACGUGCUACACUUUCAUUAUUCUCAACAAAUAGAGUUGUAAUGUAACUUAUGAAUAAAUAAAAUCUUGAGAUUAGACGGC